UUUAAUCACACCCCAAUCUUCACUUCUUUAUAUUUAGUACUUUUUCUUUUCACUAUUAUUUCUUUCUUUCUUUCUUUCUUUCUUCCUUUUCUUUGUUGUCAUUAACAGAGCAGUUUGGCUCAAAGUUGAUUACACAUAUAAAUCCUCCCUGAACUGUGUCUGGAUUUCUCACUAUAAUGACUGUAUGGUGGAGAUCAACACUUUCUCACAGCUUCACAGUUCCCCAUUUCCAUCCUGAUCUCUGGUUACUCUGUGUGUGUGUGUGUGUGUGUGUGUGUGUGUGUGUGUGUGUGUGUGUGUGUGUGUGUCCUGUUCAGGGUGUAUUCACAACUUACCUUUAGUGUUCCUGGGACAGACUCCGGCUCCAUUGUGACUGACCAGGACAAAGUGCUUAAUAAAAGUGAGGGAAUUUAUAUCUGUGUAAUAAACACAUACAGGACGUCGACAUGCCGAGGGAUUAGGAAGAAAUCAGCUAUCACUCUGUGUGUGAGGGGGGGGGGGGGUGUCCGUAGAGGCAGUGAUGUGAGAAGGGGAGCAGGAGCUCAUAAAGUAGACAGUCACCAGUGUGUGAGGAGUCGAUCAGUGCAGACAAGGACAGUGUGAUGUUCCCUGUUGUGUUUGGUGAUGGUGUGUUUGGAUGGAGGGUGGAGAAAAUGGAGGCUGUGCAGCUGGACAGGAAGCAGUUGGGUGUGUUUUACACCGGAGACUCGUACAUCAUCCUGAACAAACACCAUGAGGGGGCUGAACUACACAUGUGGAUGGGGGAGGAGUCAUCUCGGGAUGAGCAGUGUGCUUGUGCCAUGUUGGCCACUCAGCUGGACCAGUUCCUUGGGAGGGACGCCGUCCAGCACAGACAGGAGCAGGGAUAUGAGACAGAGGACUUCAUGAAGCUCUUCCCCAAUGGAGUGAGCUAUAAGAGGGGGGGUGUUGAGUCAGGGUUUAGGCGGGUGCAGACGGAGUGUGUGCCGGUGCGACACCUUUAUCAGGUAAAAGGGAAGAGAAAUAUACGUGUGAGAGAGGUGGAACUGAACUGGAGGAGCUUCAACACUGGAGACUGUUUCAUCCUGGAUCUGGGACAGCUCAUCAUCUCUUGGAGUGGCUGUAAGUCGAGUGUGUUUGAAAGACAGAAGGUUCAUCAGAUCGCCACUUUAAUCAGAGACACAGAAAGAAACGGAAAAGCUCACAUCCAUGAUGUCACACAGGGGGAGGAACCAUUGGAGAUGGUCCAGGUUCUUGGAACAAUACCAACAAUUAAAGACUCAUUUGAGGACGACGGUGAAGCAGACAGGACAAACACCACCUCUAUCUACAAGGUGUCUGAUGCAUCGGGCUGCAUGUCCAUCACGCAGCUGUGUGAAAAAGCACCGUUUGAUCAGAAACUUCUGCACAGAGACGACUGUUUUAUCCUUGAUAAUGGAGCCAAUGGCAAGAUCUUCAUCUGGAAGGGUGCAGGAGCCAAUGUGGAAAAAAAGAGGGUGGUCCUGCAGUUAGCAGAUGAGUUUAUUGUGAGGAUGGGUUACUGCAGAACCACAACUCAGGUGGAGAUUUUUCCUCAAGGUCUUGAAUCUGUUCUUUUCAAACAAUUCUUCAAAAGCUGGGGAUAAAAACAACACACACACAUGUACGCACACACACACCCAUGCACACACACCUGCACACACACACACACACACACCCGCACGUGCACACACACACACACACCUGCACACACACACACACACCUGC